AUGUACUUUUUUACUUUGGUAGAAUACGAUAAUCUGUCACGACUUGGCAUAACAGAUGUACAGAGUUAUUUGAAACGUCGUUUUAAACGCGAGUCAAUUGUAUAUCUAAAGACAUGUUGUGCUGGGCCUUUGGUGGUUGACAAUCUUGAAGCUGCUAUAGAUGAAGCAUUAUCAUCUGGGACAUGGCUUGAUGUCAUGGUAAAAAAUUCUUUAUUUCAAUUUACUACUUCAAAUCCAAAAAUAAAGAGUGGAUUUCAUGUCCUGGCGUAG